AUGGAUAUCCUCGACUCGUACCCCGAGUACAAGGACACUAGCGUCCUCGACACCCUCCGCGUCACGGAAUACGGCUACCUAGACCAAGACCAACAGGUCUACCUCGACUACACCGGCGCAGGGCUCGCAGCGAGAUCGCAAUAUCAAGCACACGAGAACCGGCUUGCCAACGGCGCCUUUGGAAACCCACACUCGGCCAACCCGACGAGCGAAGCCGCCACGUCCCUCGUCGAACGUACCAGAACCCGGAUCCUCGAACACCUCAACGCUUCGCCGGAAGAAUACGCCGUCGUCUUCACGGCCAACGCCACAGGCGCCGCCCGUCUCGUGGCCGAAUCGUACCCGUUCCGACGUCGCGCGCGGCUGGUCCUGACGCUGGACAACCACAACUCUGUCAACGGCGUGAGGGAGUUUGCUCACCGCCGCGGCGCCAAAGUGGUCUACGUCAACACGCAGGCGCCGGAACUGCGGGUGGAUGAAGAGGACGUCAUCGCGGCGCUCCGGGACCCCCACAGACGACGGAGGGGACAGAGCUGGAGGCGCUGCCUCAACAUGAAGACCAAGGAUCGUGGAGCGGGCGCGCAAGAGACGAGGAGAAACGGGCUGUUCGCGUUUCCGGCGCAGAGCAAUUUCAGCGGCGUCCGGCAUCCGUUGUCGUGGGUGCCGCUUGCGCAGGGGCGGGGGUACGACGUGCUCCUGGACGCGGCGGCGUUCCUCCCCACGGCGAAGCUGGACCUGUCUGCGGUGCAACCCGAGUUUGUGGUGAUGAGCUGGUACAAGGUGAUGGGCUACCCUACGGGGGUGGGGUGCCUGGUGGCGCGACGGGAUGCGCUGGCGCGUCUCGCGCGGCCGUGGUUCUCGGGCGGGACGGUGCGGAUGGCGACGGUGGGGAAGGGGAUGGAGUGGCACGUCAUGGCGGGGGACGAGGCGGCGUUCGAGGACGGCACGGUGAAUUUCCUCUCGAUCCCGGACGUCGCUGUCGGGUUGGAUUUCCUGGCGGGGGUCGUGGGGAUGGACGUGAUCGCGACGAGGGUGCGAUGCCUCACGGGAUGGUUCUUGGAGCGGCUGGACCGGCUGGCGCACAGCGACGGGUCGCGCAUGGCGAGGCUCUACGGGCCUACGGACGUCGAGGCCCGCGGGGGCACGGUGUGUUUCAACCUGCUGGAUGCGCGCGGGCGGGUUGUCGACGACAGGCUCGUGGCGACCGAGUCGGCGGCGGCGGGGAUCUCGUUGCGGACGGGGUGUUUCUGCAACCCGGGCGGGGGGGAGGCGGCGUUCGGGAUCGACGAGGAGGCGGUGCGUCGCGUGCGGGCUUCCGGGGAGUGGUUGUUGCUCCAGCAGGAGAGGGGCAUCUCGCUGCCUUUUAUGCCGAUACUAGGGGCGGUGCGGGUUUCGUUCGGGGUGGCGUCGACGACGAGGGACGUUGAUCGGUUCUUCGACUUUGUGGAGACGACGUAUCGGGAUCGAGUGACGACUGCCGAGGGGCUGCCGCCGCGGCAGGGCUGCUGA